ACCUGUGUUCAGCCUGGCCCCAUAGAUUUUGCGUUAACGUGUAGGGGAUUUGAUCUAGAAAUAAAUUCAGUCUCGCACAAGCAUUUGAAUAUGAAAUAUUUUUCAGCAGCCAAGUUGUUCCACAGCCUCCGACCCUGUCCUUUCGGGGGGAAGGGUGAGAAGAGUGCAAAGUACUGAGGGAAAAAAAUACUCUUCCUCUUUGUGGGAGGCUGUUGCUAUAGAAAUCUCAAAGCAGGGCCCUAGAAAUACAUCCUGUUUGCUGUGUCUGCUUCAGGCCUCUGCCCAUCUCCAUCUGCUCCAGGGCAGGCCAGGCUUCCGGGACUGUGUGAUGUCUCUUACACCCACCACUUUCCUGGGCCUUGUGCUCUGCCUGGGACCAGAGAUCCAAGCACACAAUGGGAGCCUGCCUAGACCCUCCAUCUCAGCCGAGCCAGGCUCUAUGAUCCGCUGGGGAAUGCCUGUGACCUUCGUGUGCCAGAGCCCUCAUGGGGCUGAGGCAUUCCGACUGGAGAAGAGUAAAAGUAACUCAUACCAAGAUGUGAAGCUCUCUUCUGGGACUGAGAAAGAGGCUAGGUUCCUCAUCAACUCAGUGACGACAGACACUGCAGGGCGUUAUAACUGCCUUUAUUUUACAGGGAAUACCUAUUCUGAGCGCAGUGAGUUCUUGGAGCUGGUGGUGACAGGAGACCAUGGAUCUUUCAGCCCCUCACCCACAGUACUCCAUUCCUCACCUGUUGAGUGGCAGAGUUCUCAGCCUGGAGAAACUCUGUUAAAGGUUCUCGCACUGAGUCACAGGGCAAUUAAGGGGAAGAGUCUGAAUUCAGCCCUGGAAGCCAGAUCCCGGAUGUCAGAAUUUAAUGCCUCUCUACACCACCCCCUAGUGGAUACAACUCGUCCCCAAAUCCUGUCACCAGAACUGCUUUACAGUCUCAUUGGGAUCUCUGUGGCCUUUCUCCUUUGUCUCCUCCUUCUGGUCCUCUUCUUCAUCCAUCGUCAGUGUCAGAGAAAACACCGGAUCCCCAGAAGCAAGGGCAAGGAGCAAAAUCCACAGGAGAGGUUAAGCCCAGGUGUUGAUAUCCUGAACAGCACACCAGAUAUGGCCAGAGUGGAUGGACUUCCUGAGAAUGACAGAGAGAUGGACACCUCACCACUGCCACACCACCUUCACUCUCUGUCUAACGCCAGCGCCGCCUCUAGCUCGCCGAGCUCCAGCCGAAGGAGGAGGGGGGUAAAUGAGGAGAUCUCUGUACCAGGGCAAGUACAAAGCAGGCUGCCUGCGCAAAUCUACCCGUCUUAAAGCACUCAGGAAGCGACUGGCUGCCAAAGCCUCUACUGGAGGGAUGAAGAAACCUCAGUCGUCACACCUGCUACUGUGGCACUUCUGGAAAUCCGAUGUUAUCAGAAGUCCACUGAACUUCUGACUUGCCAACUUUCCUGCCAGCGUCUGGUGUGAGAAAUUGCCCAGGACUUCAAAAACAGAUCUGCGUUUCCAGAGUGCAGCUAUCGGUGCUUUGCAGGAGGCAAGUGAGGCCUAUCUGGUUGGCCUAUUUGAAGACACCAACCUGUGUGCUAGCAAACGUGUAGUUAUGCCAAAAGACAUCCAGCUGUAUGUAUAUAGCACGCAGUAUAUGUAUUGAAUGUAUUGAAAGAAUAAAUGAAUGGAUAAAUGGUAGAAUGAAUAAAAGAGAGAAUGGAUGAAUGUAAUAUUUACCAGCUUCAUUUGGGUGUCAGGGCCCACCGCUGCCUCCUGCCCUUCAAUUUCUCUAACUUUGACACAAUAUUUCUACACUGAGGUCCCAAAACCACUCUUGGGGCUCUAGAGCAGUUGAGAGACAACGGUGUUCCCAAUAGCUUUAAUAAGAACAGAAAGGUAAGAAAGAUAGAAAAGGAAAAAUAGAGAGAUGGUUGCUCAACCCGAAGUUCACAUGUAGGGAACAGGAAUCAGUAUUUCCGGGCAUCUGUAAUGCUGUGUUACAUACCACACCUCACUGAUUGCUAAACGGGCUUGCAAGUUGGGGGUUACUCCCUACUUUUAUAGAUGACAACAGUGAUGCUCUAAAAACUCUUCUGCCCAAGAUGUAGACCAAGACCACAUUACUUGGCAGUGAAGCGAAGAGUCUAGCUCAAGUCUGCUGUUAUCGAGGCUUUCCUGCCAUUUCCUAGUGUCCUCCACCACAAUCCCAUUCUAUUCCUACCAGACCCAGCCUCCUACACCCUCACACUCUAAAGUUCCAAUUAAUUAAGACAGUGUCUCCCUAGACUCCUUAACUGGGACUACCCCUGGGCUUUGUCCUUUGCCCCCUACAACUUACAA